CCCCCCCCCCACCCACACACACACGUAUACAUACGCCACAGAAACACAACAUGGCACUGGUGGCAUGCAAGGCGGCGUGCAAGGCUUGUGACUUUGUGGGCGACUCGGUGGCGGCGUGCGCUGGAGCGGUCGAGGAGGGCUGUGCUGCCAUCUGUCCGGCCGACAAGCCGCUGCCCAUCUUCCUCACCUUUGCUCUGGCUACAAACGCCAUUUCGGGCGUCAUGUCGCUGGUGUAUGCCGCAAGAGAGUGGAGCAACUCGUGCGGCGAGCCGUUGCAGACCUUCUGUCUUGUCGCCGGCUUUAUCGCUGCCGUCAAUGUCGCCUUUGCCUCGUAUCUGUACUACCGCACCGCCCAUCCGCUGCCCGGCAUGGAGGAGAACUCGGUCCUCGACCGCUCGUGGCAUCUGUUUCUCUACGACCCAGGCGUGUACUGCUACCUGUUCUUCUACCUCUUUGCCUUUGGCUGGAACUUUGCCGGCGCCUCGUGGCUUGCCGACUCGCAGUGCAAGGGCUCGGAUCUGCACCGCAUGGCCUCGGCGGCCUCGUUGCUGCUCUGGCUGUACCUCGGCGGCGGCGUGGCGGUCAUUGUUCUCUCACUCUGCUUUCAGUGCUCGCGCGAGGACGACGUUAUGGCUGCCCGUCGCGCAAGGGUCCGCGAGCAGCACUCGCGGCGCGCCGCGGCCUCGACCGCGUACUCGGGCCCGCCGCCAGUGGCGUCGGCCGCGGACAGCGCCCCGGCCUCGCCGCGGGUAGCCCGCUCGCUCCGCCCCAUGGCCCGCCCACUGCGGAGCCCGGGCAAGUACACUCCGGCGCCGGUCUCGCCGGCCAAGCACGUGGGCAGCUUUGCGGCCGCGCGGCCGUCGAGCCCGCCGCCGCAAUACGCGCCGGCAGCCUCGCCAGCGGUUGUCAGCCCGCCGCGCGGCUACCGGCAGGCCCAGUACUGA